AUGCCAGGCCUCGUGUCAGCAACCGGCGUUCUCGCCUUCCUCGCUGACGAGGAGCCUGAACUCAAGGUCUUCGCCCUCCAGACUCUCAAUGAUGACAUCGACACCAUUUGGACCGAGGUUGCCAACGCCCUGAGCCAGAUUGAAGCUCUCUACGAAGACGAAAGUUUCCCCGAGCGACAAUUGGCUGCUCUCGUGCUCGCCAAGGUUUACUAUCACCUCCAAGCCUACAAUGAUAGCAUGUGCUUUGCUCUUGCCGCCGGCGAUCUCUUUAAGCUCGAUGCCCCUGGCGAAUUUGAGGAGACCAUUGUCUCCAAGUGCAUCGACCAAUACAUUUCGGUUACCGCGGCUCGCCAUGCCACUCCCAAAGCGGCCAAGAAUAUCGAUCUGCCUGAGCUGACAACCAACUUCUCCAAUGCGUCAGAGAGCGCCGUUAUGUCGCCUACCACGCCCUUUUCCCAAACGACGCUCCCCCCUAAAUCUCUGCUUUCGCGCGCCGCCCUCGACGACGUCACCAUCGAGGCUUCCUUGCUGCCUCUGAAAGAAGGUCGCUCCGCCUCUGCUGCACAGCUUCCGGACCGGGCUACCGAGAAGGCCUUGCAAAGGAUCAUCGAGCGCCUCUUUGACAGCUGUCUGAAACAGGGGCGCUAUCGCCAAGUCGUUGGCAUUGCCAUCGAGUCCAAGAAUCUGGAUAUUCUGCGCAAGGUCAUUCAGCGUGCUAGCGAGGAUGAAAAUAAAGCUGUCAAGACUCAUGAUGUCGCUUCUGGCCCUGCGGAGGAGCUCAUGGAGUAUACUUUAGGAGUAUGCAUGGAUAUUGUCCAGGAGCGCAGCUUUCGUACGGAGAUCCUGCGACUUAUCCUUGACCUCCUCAACGAAAUUUCUAACCCAGACUACUUUUCCAUCGCGAAGUGUGUUGUCUACCUCAAUGCUGAUGAAGAGGCUUCCAGCAUGCUCCAGUCGCUUGUUGCCAAAGCCGACCGCACAUCCAUCGCCAAUGCCUACCAAAUUGCUUUCGACCUCUACGAUAAUGGCACGCAAGAAUUUCUCGGCAAGGUCCUUUCCUCCUUACCAUCUGGAGAGCGUGCCGACACCGAAGACAAAGAACACGACAACACUGAAGGUGAAUCCCUGCUGCAGAACCAGCAGAGUGCGCCCGAGGACGAACUCCCCGAGGAAGUCGCCAAAAUCUACCGUAACAUCCGAUCGAUCCUCGACGGCUCCAAGACGAUCCGUCUAAACCUCGAAUUCCUGUACCGCAAUAACCGUACCGACCUCAGCAUCCUCAACAAAGUCCGUGACAGUUUGGAAGGCCGCAACUCAAUCUUCCAUACCGCCGUCACUUUCUGUAACGCCUUCAUGAAUCAAGGAACCACCAACGACAAGUUCUUCAGAGAAAACCUUGACUGGCUUGGCAAGGCUGUGAACUGGUCCAAGUUUACUGCCACUGCUGCUCUUGGUGUUAUUCACCGUGGUAAUCUGUCGCAAUCACGCAAGCUACUGGAACCCUACCUCCCUAGGCAGGGGGGCCUUGGUAGUGGCUCCAUCUUUAGCCAGGGUGGCGCUCUCUACGCGUACGGUCUGAUUCAUGCCAACCACGGCGCUGAUGCGCUCGAGUUCCUUAGGACUCAGUUCAGCCAAGCCGAAGAGGAGGUUGUCCAGCAUGGCGGUGCGCUCGGCCUUGGUAUUGCUGGCAUGGCCACUGGUGAUUUCGAAAUUUUUGAAAAACUCAGAGAAGUUUUGUUCCAAGAUUCCGCCCUUAAUGGUGAAGCCGUUGGUGUUGCGAUGGGUCUCAUCAUGCUCGGCACAGGCAACGUCAAGGCUCUGGAAGAUAUGAUCAAUUAUGCUCAUGAGACUACCCACGAAAAAAUUGUUCGUGGUGUCGCCCUUGGCAUGGCCCUCGUCAUGUACGGCCGCCAGGAAGGCGCUGAUGUCUUGAUCGAGGGUCUGCUCAACGAUCCUGACCCAACUCUCCGCUACGGCGGUAUCAUGACAGUUGCCAUGGCUUACUGCGGUACUGGAAGCAACAAGGCUAUAAGGAAGCUCCUUCACACCGCAGUUAGCGAUGUCAACGAUGAUGUGCGCCGUAUUGCCGUCAUGAGCCUGGGUUUCAUCCUCUUCCGCAAGCCAGGCAGUGUACCGCGCAUGGUUGAGCUCUUGUCCGAAUCUUACAAUCCUCACGUUCGGUAUGGUUCUGCCAUGGCUCUAGGUAUUUCCUGCGCUGGCACCGGCCUGGAUGAGGCCAUAGAUCUCUUGGAGCCCAUGAUGAAGGAUCCCACCGACUUCGUCCGCCAGGGUGCUCUUAUUUCUCUUGCCAUGAUCAUGGUUCAGCAGAACGAGGUCAUGAACCCCAAGGUGGCCUCCAUCCGCAAGACCCUCAAGAAGGUUGUUGGCGACCGCCAUGAAGACGCCAUGACCAAGUUUGGUGCCGCACUUGCUCUUGGUAUUAUCGAUGCAGGUGGUCGCAACUGUACUAUUGGCCUUCAGACCCAGACCGGCAACCUCAAUAUGGCCGGGAUUGUCGGUAUGGCUGUCUUUACCCAGUACUGGUAUUGGUUCCCAUUCACGCACUUCUUGUCCCUUAGCUUCUCGCCCACUGCCAUCAUUGGCCUGGACCAUGACUUGGAGAUUCCUGAUUUCAAAUUCCACUGUGCCACUCGCCAAAGCCUAUUCGACUACCCCCCGGAGCAAGAAAUCAAAACAGAGGAAGGCCCAGCUCUCAUCGCCACCGCUAUUCUCUCCACUACUGCCCAGGCCAAGCGCAGAGCUCAGAAGAAGGAGCGCGCUCAGCGCCGUGAGAGCAUGGAGAUUGAUUCUGCCCCGUCCAAGAGCGGUGAAAAGAUGGAUAUUGAUGACGAGAAGCCCAAGGACGCUGCCAAGGAGAGCAAAGAGGGAGAGGAGAAGGAGCCAGCCGACACCAAGAAGAAGCCCGAGAAGGAGAAGGUUGGCUACGAAAUUGGGAACAUGAGCAGAAUUCUCCCAGGCCAACUCAAAUAUGUUAGCUUCCCGAAUGGCCGGUACAAGCCAGUCAAGAAGCCUACUGGCGGACCUCUUCUCCUCCAUGAUACACAACCCAAGGAGAGCAAGUCCCUGUUAGAAGAGAAGCUCAACAAAGCUACAACUGAGGGCGCUCCUGUCGCUGGUCUUCGCAUUCCGCGUACUCCCCCCCCUGGUCGGUCGGGCGGUCGCCUGGGGCGUGGGGUGGACACGGUUGGCCUCAACGAUCUGCUCGCAGGGCGCAUUGGCCGCCAGAUGCCGGAGCCCCCUCUGGUUGAAUCGUUGAGAGCUCGCGACGCGUCUGCCACCAACCCCAAUGUUGAGCCGGACGAUGAAGACACAGAGGCCGAGAUGCCCGACGAAUUUGAGUACUACACGGACAGUAGCGAUGUCGAAUAA